CUUCAUGUAAGCAGCUGACUGCUCCUCUAACUUUAAUCAUUUCAUUUGUUUUCGAGGCUAGCAUCCAAACUGAAGUCUAGGUGGUUUUUUUUCGUGUUCUUUAAACCUAUCUAGCAUAAAACAUGCAACGUUACAGUCGUGACAAAGACUGAUCGGAGAACCAGCCCAAAAUAACUUAGCCUUCGUCGGUUUUGCUAAGUUUUUAAAGGAUAUUGGCUUAUGUUAGCAUAGCAUCAGCUAACAGCUGCAUGUGAGUGUGCGCAGUUAGCCUGUAGCCGACCUACCUUCAAGAAUCAUACCUCUCUUGCAACUGACAGUCCGAACUGGUCCGGUGGGUUAAACUGGUGGGAAGAGUGGAAAAGCUAUCUACCAAAUCAAAUGUAGAGAGGCAAGUCGUCAGUUUAUUGAACAGCAGACAAUGGAACAAGACAACAACUUGGAGGAUGACUCUGUUGGCCCACCAGAAGAUGAUGCACAACCUUCAUUUCCUCUCGGACUCUCGGACUCUGAGGCAGUGGAAGUAUUGUGGCAGGUUCGUGCGCAACGACGGCAGGCGGAGCCUGAUCUGCCGGACACUGUGACGUGUCUCACCACACCUGAGGGCAGCAUAGUCUACCUGGUUGGCACCGCCCACUUCAGCGAUAGCAGCAAGAUGGAUGUUGCCACUACGAUCCGAGCAGUCCAGCCAGAUGUGGUGGUGGUGGAGCUGUGUCAAUACAGAGUGUCAAUGCUCAAGAUGGAUGAGAAAACGCUGCUAAAGGAGGCUAAAGACAUUAACCUAGAAAAGGUCCAGCAGGCCAUUAAACAGAAUGGAGUGAUGUCUGGCCUCAUGCAGAUACUGCUGCUCAAGGUCUCGGCUCACAUUACAGAACAGCUGGGCAUGGCCCCCGGAGGAGAGUUUAGAGAAGCCUUUAAAGAGGCAGGAAAAGUGCCCUUCUGUAAAUUUCACCUUGGGGAUCGGCCCAUCCCAGUAACAUUUAAACGUGCAAUUGCUGCUUUGAGUCUGUGGCAGAAGGCUCGACUGGCCUGGGGCCUGUGCUUCCUAUCUGACCCCAUCAGUAAAGAGGAUGUAGAGAAGUGUAAACAAAAGGAUCUUCUAGAGCAGACCAUGUCAGAGAUGAUUGGCGAGUUUCCAGCCCUCCACCGCACUAUUGUUGCUGAACGAGACAUCUACCUCACACAUACACUUAGACAGGCAGCACGCUUCGUGGAGGCACCUACUAGUGCUGAGAAAGUGCCUGCUGUAGUGGUUGGAGUGGUUGGGAUGGGUCAUGUCCCUGGCAUUGAGAGGAACUGGGACAAGGAGCUCAAUAUUCACGAGAUCAUGAGUGUGGCUCCUCCAUCUCUGUUUGGUCGGGUAUUACGCAAUGUGUUCAAGGGAGCCAUGUGGGGGCUUUUUGGUUAUGCCUGUUUCCGUGCCAGCAAGGGGGUGGGCAGGGCGUUACACUCCCUACCCACUGUCCAAUCAUUGUUUGAAAAUAUACGAACACCUGCCGUUUGACCCUACUCUAAUUGGCACAGACUUUUCAACAGUGAGAUCUGGAUGUCACACUGAACACCAAUAGCCUUAACUACAGGAUGGAAGUGGGGGAUAAAGGGAAGAUUAGAGGCAGACGUAGUCUCCAUCCCAUGUGAAGUGAACUGCAUUUUAUGGGUGGAAGCCUAUGAUUAGCUCUCUGUCAUCUUCUCAACCCUCUGUCCAUCUGCUCUGUGUACCUGUGGAUGCAGAGUUUACUGCCAAAGAAAUUGGACCAUGCUUUCUUUCCCCUUUUCACUUUUUCUCAUUCUUAAAGUUUGACUCUCUAGGUAAUUAGUUGUAGCAGGACACCCUCUCUGUGACAUGUUAUUACCUAACUUAAACUAAAUAAAUUUUGUUCUGCUGUGAUUAUUCGAUGGUUGGCUCCAGCUAUUGGUUGAUAGUGUAUUUUUCAGUGGGUGGAGUUAGGCAGUCCAGUAUUACUAUGCCCUCUAAGUUAACAUUUUAAUAUACUACAUACUCUGGGCUAAAACCUGUAGUUCAUUAAGAAUGAAUAGUAAAGCCACCCCUUUUAGUCAAGUGAUUUAAGUGAAUGGAACAGCAUCCAACCCAAUGUUUUAAACCUGCACUGCGCUGGAAGCGCCAUAAGACCAUUUACAAAGAACAGUAUGAACCAGAAUUUCAUUGAAAGUAUGACUUGAUAAAUAUACGUUAUGCCCAUUGAAAAAAUUCACUCAUUGAAUUUGUUUUGCAAAGAAAUAGAAAAUAGCUCAAAAUCAGUGAAACAGACAGACAGUUUAAGAACCAUCAAUCAAGUCACACAUAGUUACAUUCACUGAAUGUGUGAUUGUACGGUCUAUGGGAAAGUGUGGUUGCUUGGUUUUUGUAGUUUCCUGAUAAGCCCAACAUAAACUUUGACCAUGGUAGGGAUCAAGUGCCUCCAAUCACAUGACCUGGAAAGGGCUAAAAGUAAUAAAUACUGGUCAGACUGAUGUUCUCUUUGUCCAUAUAGUCAUAAUAAAUGUGUACUAUUAAAUCUGGAGUCCUCUGUUUUAUGUAUGUCACCUCUCCGCUUCAUAAUUGGUAAAAGAACCAAUCUUGCUAAUAGCUGGACUGUACUGUCUAAGAACCAGUGAAACAAGUAUUUUUACAAGUAUUUAGACAAGUUACAUUGUUGUUUAUGUGAUGUUUUGUUGUGAAAGGAGGUUGUUGAAUGAUUCACUUUUUAAACAAAAACGCAAAAGCAAAUAAUUCUGGUUAAUUCCAAUUUAAAUGCUUCUUAAUAAUGGCUUUUUUCACUCCUGAGUUCAUGGAAGUACAAUUCAAAUUCACAAAAUUGGUCAAAUAAAAAAGUUAAAGGUCAUUCCUAAUAUUAGUACAUUUUGUAAUAUUUGAUAAUACUUUAAAGUCAAAAUCCAGCUAUGAAUUGUAACCUUAUCUCAGUUAUUAAUCAUUAUCUGAAGCUGUUAGUCCUAAAUUACAAAUGAAACCAUCAAAUACGACUUGAUAAGAAUGUAAAUUUUACAUGCCAUUAGUAAGAAAAGCCAUCACUAGCAUGGACCAAUUCUGGAAUUAUGCUUUAUAUACGUAGGGGGAAUGUGGAGGGUAUUUAUGCUGUUUGUUUGCUUAAAGCCUUAAACUGAUGUUACUGCUGCCUUUACCUGUUCUUCACAUUUUGAUUUUGUUUUUCCAUAUGUCGCUUAUUGUGUCUGUUAGGAUGACUGAAAAUAAAUUUCAGAGGUGUCAACUUGGUCACAUGGACAUUCUAAGCACAAUACUAAUGUUUGUGUGACUAUAAAAGUGUUGGGGGAAUGAGUCAUGCCAAAAAGCUGCCUUUUGUUCUUUUUAAUUUUUACAUUGCCCUUAAUGGAAACCAACCCUGACAAAAAUCGAGAGUUUUUGGCAAAUUUACCACUUAAUAUUUUCACAUGCAAAUUUUCUUUGUGGCAAACUUGCAACAAAAUUGUCCAUAGUUGCCAAACGUUUGCUACAGGUUCACCACUACAAACAUUGCGAAUCACAAGCUCAUUUGCAUGUGAAAAUAAUGUGUAAAAUUUGUGGCUAGUUUGCCAGAACUCUAGAUUGUUUUAAAGGGAAUCGGUUUUGAACCAUGAAGAGGCUCAGAUUAAGUUUCAACAGUUUUAAAUUUUGCAUAUUAACCAUGUGUGUUUAUGCAAGGAAUGAGAAAAAAGGUCUAAUGUAUCGGCAUGAAUUUUAAAUGUAGAUGGCUUAUUGUCAUAUACUCCCAGUUUAAACAAUCUGUACACAAUAUUGUGGUGGUUUGAAAUGUAUAAUAGCAUUCUGAGGUAUUUGUCAGUGGCCCUUGUGCAUAAUAAUGUCGAGUACUGAUAUCAGUAGAGCAACUGCCCCCUGCAUUUAACUUUUUAUUGGAUUGAUUAGAUUUUGACCUAAUGUUUUAAAAAAGUACUAAAUGACCCCAUUGUUCCCCUAAGGUUGGUCUCAAAAUGCUGCUGUCUUCCUGUAAACUAAAAAAACUUUGCAUUUCUACUUUAGUCUUCCUGUGAACUUUAUGCAGUACUACUCUUGAUAUCAUAGAUCCAAUGCAUAUGGUGAGAAAGGGCAUGGGCAAGAUAUACUUGAUACACCAUUAUUGUAAAUCCUUUAACUUUUCUGCUACAAAUAAAAUUGUUUCUAACCAUUGUUAACUGUAUGGAAAGGGGAAUAAAAUGAUCAUACAUCCUA